AACUCGAAACGCGCAUAGAAAAACUCGAAUCUACACCAAAUAACCUACCUGUAACAUCACUUGAACAAAAUAAGAAUCCCCUUUCAUCCUCCAAUAAGCUAUUCCUAGAAUCUCUUCUGCAGUCAAUUAAUGAGAAUAUUGACAGCAAGAUAAAGGACCUCAAAACAGAAAUAUUUGCACACGUUAACAAUAAUACUACAAACCCAAUUCCAUCGCUGGCAAACCAUCAAAAUACUAUAACACCUAUAAGCUCCUCUGAUGUGAGUCUACCAUCGAACUCACACUCACCGAAUCCUAACACACAACUAAGAGCUCCAGAGAUGUGGGCCAAGGUUGUUGGAAAAAAAUCAAAAAAGAAAACUAUAGUCACUAGUAACGACUCACAUACUUACCUCCAUAAUGCCAACACUCCUACCCUGCCUGCUGGCCCAAGCACUACCACCAUAACACAGAAUACAAAGCCCAGUGUACCUAUAAGAAAACCUAAAAAUGUAGAAGUCUUAUAUAUUACAGAAAGUAGAAACAGUAAUACAAAAAUAAACCAGGUAUUAUCAAAAGCCAAAGAAAACAUAAACCUGCAGGAACUAGGUAUUAAAACAAUAAACCCUCGCGAAUCCUUAAAUGGAGGACUCAUCCUUGAGUUUCCAAAAUCCAAGGAAGGUGAAGUUGCACCAAUUCUAAUGGAGAGGAUCAAAUCACUAUUUCCACCGGAUGAUAUUGUAGUAUCUUGUCCAAAAAAAUACAAGGAGGCCCUGUUCGUCCAAACCUGAGAGGCUCGGCGACAGUGUGGUGUAAGUGUGAAGAAUCUGAAGCAUAUAAAUUAUUAUCCAUUAAAACACUGGCGAUUGGAUGGUCCCAAGCUUACUUCCAACCUCUAGAAAAUAGACCAGUCCAGUGCUUUAAAUGCUGGUCCUACGGUCAUGUUCGCAACUCCUGCACUUCAAAAAUCAAUAGAGACGGUUGGUGCUACAAAUGUGGUGGUGAAGGGCACCCAUCCAACAUCUGUGUUAAUAAUAAUCCCAUAUGCAAACUCUGUCAAGAGAAUAACUUCAACUACAAGCAUAAAAUGGGUACAAACACAUGCAGGACAUUUAUUAACUACAAGAAUGAUAAACUAGAACGUAACUCUUCUUUACUACCCCAAAGUAAUCCAGCAGUCAAUGAAACUACAGACAUCAGAAUGGAGAUCCAGGUAUAAUGAUGUAAGCUGUCCACUCCUAAUCCUGCAAGCUAAUAUCAAUCAUGCUGUUGCUGCUCAAUCCCUACUGGAGAGUUACAUUGUUAGUAAUAAUAUUAGUAUUGCUCUUGUAUCGGAACCACACAACCCCUGUAAAAGUGGAUGGUUUGGAUACCGUGAAAAUAAGGCUGCAAUAGUUGUAAACAACUCAUCAUUCACAAAUCCAAGCAUCUUAUACGAAGGUGACAACUAUGUUGCGGCAAGUAUACACUCUACAAUAUUCAUCUCAGUAUACUGCUCUCCAAAUGAGAAUAGAAAUAAUUUCGAAAAAAGGUUGAAGUCUAUAUCUAAAAUUAUUAAAAAGUUUUAUCACCUGCCGAUUAUAAUAGGUGGGGAUUUCAACGCCUAUAGUACGUUUUGGGGUUCUGCGAGAAACUGUGUAAGAGGAAAAAUAUUGAAAGACUGGGCUACUACAAAUAAUCGCUAUUUAUCAUGGACAUGGAUAUGGAUAUGGACAUCAUCUCAUCGCCGCCCCCAUCCCCCCCGGCCUGUGUAAGGAUCUUCAACAGGAUCCUCCCAUUCAUGGACCUGACUGUCAUUUACGAUUUAUCACGUGAAGC